AUGAAUGUGGGUAUAAAGGAUUUCUUCCCCAGCUACUGGAAUUGGCCACUAUGGGCAAACAGCCUCCACGAAAGCCCCCUCUUCGACGGCAGUGAGACAUCCCUCUCCGGGGAUGGCGAAUACAACACCAAUGAGCAAAGUCUAUCAAGUGGCGACGUGACAAUACCUCGUGGUUCGGGCGGAGGCUGUGUCCGAUGCGGACCAUUCAAGGACAUAACCAUUCACCUCGGGCCUUUUCCGCGCAGUCUCCUCUCGACGACUGAGAUUCCUGCGCCUGGAUUCGACUAUAAUCCACGGUGUCUCAAUCGAAGCCUAAAUAAUUUUGUUUCUAUACGUUUUACCAGUCAGACCCAGGUUACCCGCCUUUUGGCUGCGGCGAAUAUAGCUGAUUUCCAGAUGGUAAUGGAUCACUGGCCUGCUACGCCUGGCGGAGUCCUAGGUCUUCAUGGUGGCGGGCAUUUUAGUAUCGGAUCUACCAUGCAGGAUCUUUUCUCUUCACCACAGGAUCCGGCGUUUAUGUUGCAUCAUGCUAUGAUUGAUCGAUUGUGGGCGAUCUGGCAAGCGGCCGAUGAAUUGAAUCGGCGGUAUGCGGUUAAUGGUACGAAUCAGAUACUGAAUCCACCGACUGCGGAGCUCGUUACUUUGGAUAUGGAGAUGGAGUUUGGGAUUUUGGAUGGGAAUCGGCUUGUUCGUGAGGUCAUGAGUCCAUUGGAGGGUGGAUUGUGUUACGCCUACACUUGA